GAGGGGAAGUCUCACUGCUCAGUUGGGCGGCGCUUUCUCGUGGGUGUAUCCAAUAAAAUAAGGACCCCUGGAAGUCACUGCACCGGUUGGCGUGAGGAACUUGUACUCCUGCGGCAGUGAGAGCUCUCAUUCAAAUUGAGACGUUAGUGGAAAAGAAAGCCGGAUUUAUUUCACAGUGACCAUUAGCGUUUUAAGAUUUAUAACCUAAAGCAGCUUUUGAGGGGGAAAUAUUUUACAACUAGUUAAUUUUUUUUAUUUCCCGCGCGCGCUAACAAUACGGUUUGUGCGCGCGCGCUAGUUAGCUUACUGGCUAGCAAGAGGUAUUCUUCACAGGACCGACAACAGCAAAGUGUGAAUGUGCCUCUGCUCAUCUGCAGUUACAGUUGCACAAUGGCUGUCUCCUCAUUUAGCUUGAUAGCACAGCACCCAAAGAACUGCAACAUAUCUAGUUUAAUUACAGGAUAGCAAUAAGCCCUCACUAUACCUCUGUUUACUUUAAUUGUGUUCUGGUCAGUCCCAGGUAAACCUUUUACAAGUUUGCACUGCUAAAUCUCAGAAAUCCUGUUAAGACAGGUGAGCCUAAAUAGAGACUAAUUUAUUUUAUAUUUAUUUAUUCUGCUAGCUGCUGUUUAGAAUUAUUAUAUAGUUAUUUUGACAGACAUUCAUUCCAUUUAAGAUUGUGAAAUAAGUCGUCUAUAGUUUACAGUCAUGGUUUCAACAACUGCAACCGCAAUAAUACUGGCUAGCACAGUAAUGCUAGCGACCAACACUGCUCUGACAGAGUACAUGUGGCUGCUGAUUGUCGGCUUCAUCAUCGCCUUCAUCUUGGCUUUUUCUGUGGGUGCCAAUGAUGUUGCCAACUCAUUUGGCACAGCUGUGGGCUCUGGAGUGGUCACCUUGCGACAGGCAUGCAUCCUGGCCAGUGUGUUUGAGACUCUGGGCUCUGUGCUACUCGGGGCCAAAGUGAGUGAAACCAUUCGUAAGGGUAUCAUCGACGUGAACAUGUACAAUGGCUCUGAGCAUGUGUUAAUGGCUGGAUCUGUCAGCGCCAUGUUUGGUUCUGCUGUAUGGCAGCUGGCUGCCUCCUUCCUUAAACUCCCAAUCUCUGGAACACACUGCAUUGUUGGUGCUACUAUUGGCUUCUCGCUGGUUGCCAGAGGUCAGCAGGGAGUCCGGUGGAUUGAACUCCUACGUAUUGUUGCUUCCUGGUUCCUGAGUCCCCUUUUGUCUGGAAUAAUGUCAGGCGUUGUUUUCUACUUUGUGCGCAUGUUCAUCCUGCAAAAGAAAGACCCUGUACCUAAUGGACUAAGGGCCCUGCCUGUCUUCUACGCCAUAACCAUGGGAAUCAACCUGUUCUCCAUCAUGUUCAGUGGCGCUCCGAUGCUGGGAUUUGACAAGGUCCCUUGGUGGGGUAUCCUGCUCAGCUCAUUGGCCUGCUCUCUGCUGACUGCUAUUGUGGUCUGGUUUAUUGUCUGCCCUCACCUCAAGAAGAAGAUUGAACGAGAUAAUAAGUCUUCCAGCCCCUCUGAGAGCCCUCUGAUGGAGAAGAGAGAGGCCCACUGUCCAAUCCUGAAACAGACUGCCAAGGAGACUUUAACACCUACCACUCCAGCUGUCAAUCAAAACAUCUCUGCUCAGCCUCAGGCUGCUCCCGAGGAACGUAGGGUGACCUUUGGCAUCGGAGAUUCUGACUAUCUGGACAAUAAGGAACGUAAGGUGGCGUUUGACAUUGGAGAUUCUGAUGACACAGACUACAGCAGUGCAAAUGGCGCCCCCAAACAUAUCCCAUCGAGCAGUCAGGUCCAGGUCCAGCACAGCAAUGGCUCCACAAAUGCUCACAGUCAGGUCCAGUUCAACAACCAGGUUCAGUUUAACAACAGGCCAGCACAGAUGCCAAGUAAUGGUUACAGCCAGUACCACACAGUCCACAAAGACUCUGGCCUCUACAAGGAUCUGCUGCACAAGCUCCACUUGGCCAAGGUUGGUGACUGCAUGGGCGAGGGGAGUGACCGACCUAUCCGGCGCAACAACAGCUACACCUCCUAUACCAUGGCAAUCAUUGGCAUGCACGGAGACUUCAAGCACAGAGAAGGGGAUUUCCAUUCCAGUGAGGAUGGUGACAAGGGCUCAGGUUCAGGUGGUCAGGACAGGAAGCGUGUACGUAUGGACAGUUACACCAGCUACUGCAAUGCUGUGGCGGAGCACAUGACCCCUGAGGGUCUGAGAGAGGGUGAUGUGACACUAGAAAUGGGGAAGGAGGAUGGAGGUAGCAGUCGAAGCUCUGUGGAUGAUGAUAGGCUUGAGGCAGACAAGCCAGAAGUCUCAACUCUCUUCCAAUUCCUCCAAAUUCUCACUGCGUGCUUCGGCUCCUUCGCCCAUGGAGGAAACGAUGUUAGUAAUGCCAUUGGACCGUUGGUGGCUCUGUGGCUGGUUUACACAAGCAGCAGUGUGACUUCAACAGAACCUACACCCAUUUGGCUGUUGCUGUAUGGUGGCGUGGGCAUCUGUGUUGGACUCUGGGUGUGGGGUCGCAGAGUGAUCCAGACCAUGGGUAGAGACCUUACCCCCAUUACUCCCUCAAGUGGUUUCAGCAUUGAACUGGCCUCAGCCGUGACUGUCGUAGUAGCCUCUAACAUUGGCCUGCCUGUCUCCACCACCCACUGCAAGGUUGGUUCUGUUGUUGCAGUGGGAUGGCUACGUUCAAGGAAGGCAGUAGACUGGCGUCUGUUCAGAAACAUCUUCAUGGCAUGGUUUGUGACUGUGCCCAUCUCUGGCCUAAUCAGUGCUGCCAUCAUGGCUAUUUUCAUCCAUGGCAUCUUUUGAGCAUUCAGCUGUACCCCAAGCAGGGGAGAAGAAAGAAACCGCUUCAUUGUGUGCCAGGGGCAAGGGAUGGGAGUUUAGAAGGCCAAAAUAUAUCACUUACCUCAAGCAAACUACUUCAAAAGAAAAGGUAAAAAAUAUCAAAGGACUUGAGAUAUGGGUCUGCAUUAUCAACCUGGAAUUUUUUAUUUAUUUUUUUUUGGUUGAGUGGGGAAACUUGCAUUUCCUUGUUCCAACUAGUUUUUUCAUAUCAACAUUCUGUAGAGAGCUAAUCUAAAAGCAUCAACUGCUUUAAAAAAAAAGCCUUUUUUUUCUUUUUAAAUAUUUAUGUGUGUGUGUGUG